UUCUCAUCACACAAUCCUCGGACAAGCCCAUCAACCACACCUUCAAUCCCAACUGCCAAAAAUUUCACACACCACACGCUUCACUUCGCCAAAAUAUGGCUGCUCAAAUGGCAUUAACAUCUCCUUCUUCUUGUUCAGCCACUUCAAGACUCUCUCUUCCACUUUCUCCUUCAACUUCUUCACCUUCCAAAUCUUCUUUCUUUAAACCUCUGUUGAAACCCAUCUCUGUUUCACUCCCCACUUCAAUCACCAUCUCUUUCUUGGCUCUCUUCACACCUCCUCAUGAAGCCAAAGCUCUCACUCUUUCCAAAGACCAGAUUGUCUCCUCUCUCAAUGAGGUGGAGAAGACAAUUGAUCAAGUUCAGGAAGUCGGGUCAGAUUUUUUUGACACUGCUCAACGUGUUUUUGGAAUUGUUAGUGAUGCUUUGAAGCCUGGCGUUGAUGCUGCAUUGCCAAUUGUAAAACAAGCUGGAGAUGAAGCUUUGAAGGUUGCUUCUCCUGCAAUUUCAGAGGCCUCGAAGAAAGCCCAGGAAGCAAUUCAAAGCUCUGGCAUUGAUACGCAGCCAGUUGUUUCUGCUGCUAAGACAGCUGCUGAUGCUGCACUACAGACCACGAAGGUAAUUGAAGAGGUGAAACCCAUAGCUUCUUCAACUGCUGAAACCAUUUUGUCAGCAGAUCCUAUUGUGAUUGUAGGAACUGCUGGAGCAAUUUUUCUUGCUUACCUUCUCUUUCCUCCCAUAUGGUCUGUCAUCUCCUUCAACUUCCGCGGUUACAAAGGUGAUCUUACUCCGGCUCAAACCCUUGAUCUAGUAUCCACAAAAAAUUAUGUUAUGAUUGACAUCCGGUCAGAGAAGGACAAGGACAAGGCUGGUAUCCCUCGCCUUCCCUCCAGUGCUAAGAACAAGAUGAUUGCAAUUCCUUUGGAAGAGCUACCAAGCAAGUUGAGAAGCCUUUUCAGAAAAGUAAAGAAACUAGAAGCUCAAAUUGCUGCUUUGAAGAUAUCAUAUCUCAAGAAAAUCAACAAAGGCUCCAACAUUGUUAUAAUGGACUCGUACUCAGAUUCAGCAAAAGUAGUUGCCAGAGCACUUACAAGUCUUGGCUUCAAGAACUGCUGGAUUGUAGCAGAUGGAUUUUCUGGAAGUAAAGGAUGGCUGCAGAGUCGAUUAGGCACAGAUUCAUAUAACGUAUCUUUCGCCGAGAUUCUUUCACCUUCUAGGAUAAUUCCUGCAGCAGCUAGACGUUUUGGAACAACUAGUUAAAUUGCUUCUUGAAUGUGAUUAGAAAUUUUUGCCUCACUAAAUUAGAAAUUCUUGAAUGUGCAUUCUCAGUUUGGAAUAGUCCUGUAGAAUUAUCUCUUGUGAUUCUUUUAAAUGUUAGAAAUCAAUUUUUUGUUCCCUUGUG